CGGGCGGGGCGCGUCCAUGGACGACGUCUACGACCUCGGCGUCGCCUUCUCCCGCCAGAUCGUCUCCGUCGCCGCCACCCUCGACCACUGUCAUGUCCCCGGCCGGACGGAGCAUGCCACGCUGGCGGCCGACGAGGUCGAGCUCGGAACGGGCCCCCAUAACGAACCCGGCUACCUGAAGAUCUCGCCUGUGCCGUCGCCCGAAGAUCUCAUAAAGCAGGCCCUGAAGCUCUGCCUGGACGAAUCCGAUCCCCAACGAGGCUUUGUCAAGUUCGCCCCGGGCGACGAGACGGCACUGCUGGUCAGCAACUUCGGCGGCAUGUCGAAUCUGGAGAUGGGCGCGCUGGUGGACGAGCUCCUGGAGCAGCUGGGCAGGGACUGGGGCAUGGAGCCGGCGCGGGUGUACGCGGGCCAGAUCGAGACGUCGCUCAACGCGCCGGCCUUCUCCAUCUCGGUCGUCAACCUCACGGCCGCGGCGAGGGGCUGCCCGUACUCGGUCGACGACAUCAAGUCCUUCCUCGACGCGCGCACCAGCACCCACUGGGAAUCCAUGGCCGGUGCCCAGGCGCGGGCCGGACCUGGGAAGCGCAGGGCUCAGUUUGUUGUUGGGGGCCAGACGGAGGGAGAGGACCACAAGAGGCCCGUCGACGACGCAAGGGAUCUCAAGGUUGAUCCGGUUACGCUGGAGAGGAUGCUUCGUAGCGCCUGUGAGGCGCUGGUGGCUGCGGAGCCGGACCUGACGAGGUGGGAUACCAUAAUGGGCGACGGGGAUUGCGGCGAGACCAUCAAGACCGGCGCAACGCUGCUGCUGUCCGCCAUUGACACAAAACAGCUCGCCGCGUCGGGGUCGGUUGUCGCCGUCCUGAGGGAGCUCGAGGAUAUCGUGGAGAGCAGGAUGGGGGGUACGUUGGGUGGGAUCAUGGGCAUCUUCUUCGUGUCCUUGACGAACGCGCUCGAGCGCAAUAUCGAGCUCGCCAAGACACAGGGGGCGGCCUUCCUGUGGGCAAAGGCCCUGUCGUCGGCGUUGGAGAGUCUGGGCCGCUACACCCCCGCCAAGCUCGGGGAUCGCACCAUCAUGGACACCCUGAUUUCGUUCGCCGAGGGUAUGAGGGCGGGAAGCUUCGACGAUGGCGUGGCUGCCGCCGCGAGGGGCGCUGAGGCGACGAAGAAGAUGACGCCGAGGUUCGGCCGGGCAACAUAUGUCGCCACGGGGGACAAAGACCUUCCGCCGGAUCCGGGUGCUUGGGGUGCGAUGGUGGCUCUGAACGGAUUGAAGGCUGGCAUGUAAGAGGACCCCGGGAGGUUAGACUACUUAAUGAUAUGAUGCAGGUG